CUGAGUACAAUGCAUCGCCAACACCAAGGAAUCGAGCCAGACUCUCAGUCCCAGCACUCGAUCCGUUCUCUGCCUUCUGCAACAUCUUCAUAUCCACCAACUGCAAGUAAGCCCAGAGCACUGUGUAGGUUUCAGGCAGGUAUGGUGGCUUGCAAAGGGAUAUGGACACAACAGUUCUGGAGAGCAGUUUCUGGAGAGUUUCUGGCAACACUCAUCUUUGUCCUUCUCGGCCUGGGCUCGACAAUCUCCUGGGGAGGUGAAAGCGCCCCUUUGGACAUCGUCCUCAUCGCUCUCUGUUUUGGACUUAGCAUUGCAACCAUGGUGCAGUGCUUCGGUCACAUCAGUGGGGGUCAUGUUAACCCUGUGGUGACAGCUGCUAUGGUGUGCACUCAGAAGCUAAGCCUAGCCAAAGGAAUUUUUUACAUCAUUGGCCAAUGCCUGGGCGCCAUCUCCGGUGCUGGGAUCCUCUACCUGGUCACACCAUUACACGUUGCAGGUGGCCUGGGAGUAACCAAGGUAAAUGAGAAGCUUUCGGCAGGACAUGGCCUAUUGGUCGAGCUGUUUAUUACAUUCCAGCUGGUGUUCACCAUCUUUGCUACAUGUGAUUCCAAACGCAAUGAUCUCAAAGGCUCAGCAGCUUUGGCCAUUGGUCUCUCUGUUGUCAUUGGACACCUGUUUGCAGUUAACUACACAGGAGCAAGUAUGAACCCCGCUCGAUCAUUUGGACCUGCAGUUAUUACAGGGAAAUGGGAAAAUCAUUGGGUUUACUGGGUAGGCCCUAUGAUGGGUGGAAUCAUUGCUGCUGGCCUCUACGAAUAUCUCUUCCGCCCAGACAAAGAACUGAAGAACCGCCUUAAGGAUAUUCUUAAGCCUACACAACCUCCUGGAGACAAAUGCAUUGAGGUGGAGGACAACAGGAGCCAAGUUGUUGGCUACGAUGAAUUGGUCAUCAAACCUGGUGGUUCUGAAAUUAUUGGCAUGGAUAAAAAUGAAGCUAAGAGGGAAAAUGAUGUCACAAAAGAACUUCUGUCAUCUGUAUGA